AAGCCAGCAUCUCAGCUAAGAAGGCAAGAUGAGUUACUGCCUUCUCUUCUCCCUGGCCCUUCUGUUCUGCCUUGGCUCUGCAUCCAGGGCUUUGACAACUCUGACCACUGCACAUUCUUUGGAACUGACCACAACUCCAAUAGCAACCCAGGCUACAGAUGCCUGGUUGCCUCCGAGAAGCACGUCUUGGGCAGAAGGUGGUACUCUGUCUCAGUCACUUUCCAAUUUCACUGGGUCUGUGGACAGCCAUGGGACCUGCCAGUGCUCUGUUUCCCUGCCGGACACCACCUUUCCUGCUGACAGAGUGGAGCGCUUAGAGUUUACAGCUCACAUCCUUUCACAGAAAUUUGAGAGAGAGUUUUCUAAGGUGAAGGAGUAUGUCCAGCUAAUAAAUGUGUAUGAGAAGAAGCUCCUGAACCUGACGGUCCGAGUGGAGGUCAUGGAGAAGGACAGCAUUUCUUACACAGAACUGGACUUUGAGUUGAUCAAACUGGAAGUGAAGGAGAUGCAUAAACUGGUCAUACAGCUGAAGGAGAAUUUUGUUGGAAGUACAGAUAUUAUUGACAUACUUGAAGUAGAGAUAAGGAAUAUGACUCUCCUGGUAGAGAAGCUGGAGACGCUAGACAAAAACAAUGUCCUGAGCAUUCGCCGGCAAAUCUCGGCUCUGAAGACCAAGCUGAAAGAAUGCGAAGACUCUAAAAGUGGCCUUGUGCCUGCCACGCCCCCUCCUCCUGCUCCUGGAAGCUGUAGUCAUGGUGGCGUGGUGAACAUCAGUGCUCCUUCUGUGAUUCAGCUCAACUGGCAAGGGUUUAGUUAUAAAUAUGGUGCCUGGGGCCGAGAUUACUCUCCUCAGCAUCCAGAGAGAACCCUGUACUGGGUAGCACCUUUGAAUACAGAUGCAAGGACUCUAGAGUAUUACAGACUUUAUGACUCACUGGAUAAUUUGUUAAUCUAUUCACAGUUCCGAGCCUAUCGGAUUGUUUAUGGCCAAGGGGGUGGUACAGUAGCAUUCAACAACAACCUGUAUGUGAAUUGGUACAAUGGAGGGAACAUUGCCAAAAUUAACCUAACUAGCAAUCAAGUCACUGUGAAUCGGCCCCUCCCUCUGGCUGCCUACAAUAAUCGCUUUUCAUACGCUAAUGUAAAUUGGCAAGACAUUGACCUUGCCGUGGAUGAGCAAGCACUGUGGGCAAUUUAUGCAACCGAGGCCAGCACUGGUAACAUAGUGAUUAGUAAACUCAAUGAUACCAGUCUUGAGGUGAUAAGCACUUGGGUUACCAAGCAGUAUAAGCCAUCUGUUUCUAAUGCCUUCAUAGUAUGUGGAGUUCUUUAUGCUACUCGUACUUUGAACACCAAAACAGAAGAGAUCUUUUACUAUUAUGACACAAACACACAGAGGGAAGGCAAUCUAGCCAUCACAAUGAGAAAAAUGCAAGAAAGAAUUCAGAGCAUUAAUUAUCAUCCCUUUGACCAAAAACUUUAUGUCUACAACGAUGGUUAUCUUCUGAACUAUGAUCUUGUCUUCUUACAGAAGCCCAAGCAACCUGAGUAGGUGUUAGGGUGAAGGAGGAAUGGAAAGUUUGUUGGAAAUUGUCUUUUCCACAUGUUUAGACAUCUGCAGGGAAGUCUAGGAGUGUGUUUCUUUAGACAUGAUGUAAAUAGAGAUAGUUCUAUCACAAUAGAAACCUAGGCUAUUUGUCUCAAUUUGAUUUCUCUUCGGAACCAUCAUCCUCUGGGUAGAUUUAAGAACUGAAAUAAGGUCUUUCCAGGCAAAGUUAUCAGAGGCUACGGGUGCUAUGAGUCUAAUGAAGUUUCUAGUAAAGUGAAGUCUAGAAGUUAAAGAACUUAAGGGGAAUUCAGUAUGAAUUCUGGGAAUUCUUUCUCUUGGAAAAUUUGCAUGGUGACCAGUCACCCAUCACAUAGAACCAUUGAAUUGUCCAUUGUGCAAAGGACACUGGGGCUUAAUUAGGUAGAUCAACAUCAGAAGGUGAACAUGAGAUCAAAUAUUUAACUGUAUUUUCUUCAUGGCUCCUGGAACCUGCUUUGUGUAUACCAGAUAGGUAAAUUUGGCAUCUUAAAUGAUAUCUGUUAGAUGUUUUGAAUUUUCUGGAGAAUGGACCUAUUGUACAUUAAGUUGUACAGUGCAAAUCAGUCCUGGAGGGGUUUUCAGAUGAUAUGCUUGGCAUUUCUUUUCUCUCAUUCUUCACCUACAUAACUCAGUAGAACCCUUUACCUCAUAAUUUAGGACCCAAGGCAGCCAUAAGAUUAGAAGCAGACUUAACAACCAAUCACUUUUCUCUACUGCUUAUGUAUUUUUCUUAGACAUUAACUAGUUUUUUUAUGUGACAGAUAUAAAAUCAAUUAACUUUCCCCCUUCUUAUCAUGGAAUUUUGGUUUAUGUAAUUACAAGACUGUAAAAGAAACACAAUUGUCAGUGAUGUCACUGGUAGCAUUUCUAGAUAUAUAAUAAAAAUCGUGGAGUAAGUUGUACCAGUUGUUUCAUAUAGUUUCUCUCUUUAAGCCUGGAAUUUGCAAGAAAGUGAAAUUGUUUUAUAUGUAAAAAUUUAUAUAUGAAGACAAUAUAGAAAGGCCCCUUGUAGUAUCAGCUUAAUCAGGGCACCUCUUGAGAGCAUGCUAGGUGCAGAUGCUCUGAUGGCUUUGGAUGACUCUGUCAUAUGAUCUUGGCUAUUUUUCCAUUGAUGUUCAAAUUCUAAUCUUUAAAUUCUGUCUUCCUACUUUUAAAAAUAAACUAUUAAAGAGUGAAC